CCGCUGUCAGACCGGAUGUAGGGCCGCCGAUCCGCUCUCAGGCCCUUUUCUCUCUGCAAGCUGUGCGUGUGCGCUUCUGACUCAAAAUGGCAGACUGGGAGACCGCGCCCGCUGUGGCUGAGACACCCGAGAUCAAACUGUUCGGGAAGUGGAGCACCGAUGAUGUACAGAUCAACGACAUCUCCCUUCAGGACUACAUCGCUGUGAAGGAGAAGUAUGCCAAGUACCUCCCUCACUCCGGAGGGCGCUACGCCGCCAAGCGCUUCCGUAAGGCCCAGUGCCCCAUCGUGGAGCGUCUGACCAACUCCAUGAUGAUGCACGGGCGCAACAACGGCAAGAAGCUGAUGACCGUGCGCAUCGUCAAGCACGCCUUCGAGAUCAUCCACCUGCUGACCGGAGAGAACCCUCUGCAGGUGUUGGUCAACGCCAUCAUUAACAGUGGCCCACGUGAAGACUCCACCCGUAUCGGCCGCGCCGGAACGGUCAGGAGACAGGCCGUGGACGUGUCCCCACUCCGCCGUGUCAACCAGGCUAUCUGGCUGCUGUGCACAGGGGCGAGAGAAGCCGCCUUCAGGAACAUUAAGACCAUCGCUGAGUGUCUGGCCGACGAGCUCAUCAACGCCGCCAAGGGUUCGUCAAACUCCUACGCCAUCAAGAAGAAGGACGAGCUGGAGAGAGUGGCCAAGUCCAACCGUUAAACACGGAUCUCGUUUCUACAAAAAUAUCGAAUAAAUACAUUUGGUGGA